UAAAAUGCAACCUGAUGGCCCGAUUGAUAAUUCACCUGGUGGCCAAAGCAAUAAUGAAGUUCCCCAUAUUUGUUUCCGCUAUCUCAGUUAUAUCAUUCUUCUGGCACUCCUUGUUAUCCGGAAAUAUUGCAGCAGCAGAGCAAGUAACAUUUUAUGUGCACAACAAAUGCCCCUUUCCAAUAUGGCCAGCAACUGCUCCAAACACUGGCAAUCCGGUUAUAGCUGAUGGUGGGUUCUACCUCCCCUCCAGCCGGACCAAACGGAUCUCUGCCCCACCCGGCUGGAGUGGCCGGAUCUGGGCUCGGACUGGCUGUAAUUUCAACUCCAAUUGGAAACCUGCAUGUGAGACCGGAGACUGCGAUGGGCAGCUCGCUUGCAAUGGGCAUAUCGGCACUCCCCCGGCCACACUAGUCCAAGUUUCGCUCCAGGCCGGCGGGACCAAGCCAAACUUCUACGAUGUCAGCUUGGUGGACGGAUACAACAUUCCCGUGUCGGUCACGACUCGAUCUGUAUCACCAAAAUGCACCGUCCGUGGUUGCACGAAGAAUGUGAACAGCAUUUGCCCAUCGGAGCUCCAGGUGGUGAAUGGCCAGGGGGAGGUGGUGGCGUGCAAGAGCGCAUGCUUGGCCUUCAACCUUGACAAGUUCUGCUGCCAGAACGAGUACGGGACCCCGAACACGUGCAAACCUAGCCUUUACUCCAAGCUUUUCAAGGAUGCGUGCCCUUGCUACUACAGUUACGCCUACGACUCCCCGCCGCCUCUCAUCAGCUGCACAUCAAACGAGUACAUUAUCACAUUCUGUCCCGCGACAUGGGGCAGCGAGCCUACGGCAGAGACCGGACAUACGUCUUCCUAGAUUUGUAAUGUGCAAUUCGGAAUAUUGUACAGUGACCAUAGAGCAACUGAAGUUCUAAUUUGAUUGAAUGAAAGGUAUAAUAAAGGGGAAAAUGAUACUGUUGGUCCUAAAA